AAAUUACAUCAAACAUACAACUUUCAUUCCGAUCAACAUUCUAUAAUUAUUUAAUAAAUCUCAAUUAAACUUAAGUAAAAAUGUCGCUGAGACAAUUAGUUGAUGGUGACUGUGGCGGUGUAAAUCCUCUCAUGCAAUUGGGAGGUCAAUUUACUCGUGAUGCUGCCCACAAAGAUGAAGGCUACGUGCAGUCACAAUUUGAACGUUCUAUGCGUCAGGAUGAGCAUAUGGUUAAUGAGUUUUUGGGUCAAGUAGCAGGGCCACCGCAAUCAUUUCAAAUGGAAACAUUGUUGCAGGAAAUGCGUGAAAUCGAACAUGCCCAAAUGGGACCAGCACAGUUACAACAUGCUCCCAGGGUGAUAGAUGAAGUAGCCGGGCAAUGGUCUAAGGAGUUUGGAAGUCCUAUGCAUGUACAGCCGCCACCUGCAGCUCAUAUGCUCCAUGUUCAGCCUCAACAACAGCAAAUGACUCACGUGCGAGAAUUUUUCGAGGAUGGUCCUGAAACUUCUGCAUCUUACCUAAAUAGACCGGCUCCCUACUUGGCCAUAUGCCCACCACAUCCUAGUGCCAUGAUGGACCAACAAAUGCAAACCGGAUUAACUGAUAAGUUCUUCGAAGAAGCCAGUGCCUUAGAGAAAUCGGAACAAUUACCUGAGUCUCUACAGGGUGAAGAUUGGGUUAACGAUUACCAAUCCAGUAACGAGAGCAAUGAACAGGCUGCUGCCAACUACAAUGAGAAAUUCUGGCAACGUUUACAAGACGAAUGGGCAAAAUUAUCAGAAGAAUCGGAACAUCCUUGGUUAUCGGACUACGAUGAAAACUAUGAUCCCUAUAAAGAAUACAACUUUGCUGAAGAGAAUCCAAUGCAGAAUGUAGAUAAUGCUUUGGAAAAGGGCAAAGAAUACUUGGCUAAAGGCGAUAUACCCAGUGCCGUAUUAUGUUUUGAGGCAGCUGCUAGCAAGGAUCGAGAAAAUGCCGAAGCCUGGGAACUUUUGGGAAUAUCACAAGCCGAAAAUGAAAUGGAUCCGCAAGGUAUUGCGGCCUUAAAGAGGUCCUUAGAUUUAAGACCAGAUAAUCUCAAGGUGUUAAUGGCUUUAGCGGUGUGUUAUACCAAUGAGAGUUUGCAGUCACAGGCUGUUAAAAUGUUAACCAAUUGGUUACAGCUUCAUCCAAAAUACAAACACCUAGUGCCCCCUCAACCGGAAACUCCGGCUGAUGCCGCCGCUUCAAUGGCUUCUUCAUUGAUACGGGGUAAUAAAUUACAAGAGGUACAGAAUAUGUUUUUGGAAGCCGUACGCAUGGAUCCACAAACUGUAGACUCAGAGGUUCAGGAGGCUUUGGGUGUUCUCUACAACCUCUCUUCGGAAUAUGAUAAGGCGGUGGAUUGUUUUCAAGCAGCUUUACAUUCCAAUCCACAAAAUGCCAAAGUUUGGAAUCGCUUGGGAGCUAGUUUGGCUAAUGGUUCACGUUCCGUGGAAGCUGUUGAGGCCUAUCAAAGAGCUUUGGAAUUGGAACCGGGAUUCAUACGGGUACGCUACAAUGUGGGUGUGUGCUGUUUAAAUUUGAAGGCCUACAGACAAGCCGUAGAACAUCUUUUGACCGCUCUCAACAUGCAGGCCAAUGUAGCAGCCAGUCGAGAGCUGCCAACUGGUACAGUGGGUGCUGGUCAGCAACAAAUGUCUGAAUCUAUAUGGAGUACUUUGAAAAUGGUUGUAUCUCUUAUGGGUCGCAAUGAUUUGCAGGGUUUCGUUAGCGAUCGCAAUUUGGAAGCUCUGAAUGAAGCUUUUAAAGAUUAAAUAAUUAAACAUGUCGUUUUUUUUAAUUUUGGUGAAUGGGUUUCAUUAAGCCAUUGUAUUUUUUUGUUAUUAUAAUAGAUAUGCUUAAGUAAAUAUAUUGUUAAAUUGAUAGCUGCUUAAUAAUUAAAAUAUUAAGAAAUAAAAUAUGUAUUUUUUUAUAAAAAAAAUAAUGUAUGUGUAAUUUAUUGAGAAUAAAAAGAGAUUGUAUAAGAAA